UCAUCAGUCACCAAGAACAAUGGACUACUCAAUAUCACCUUUAAAUAUGACAACUGCACGCCGUAUCUGAAUUCAGUGGGAAAACACGUGAUUGGAGAUGUGCAGAAUAUAACUAUCAGUCAAUAUGCAUGUUAUGAACAGGUUGCAGUGAUUAUUCUUUGGACAGCAAAUGCCAUUGGGAUGGAAUACCUGAAAGGAUUUCGAGUAAUACUUGAGGAGUUAAAAUCAGAGGGAAGACAAUGCCAGCAGAUGGUUUUAAAAGAUCCAAAGCAGCUCAGCCCGAGUUUUAAACGAACAGGAAUGGAAUCCCAGCCCUUUGUAAAUCUGAAGUUUGAAACAGAUUACUUUGUAAAGAUUGUUCCUUUUCCUUCUAUUAAAAAUGAAAGUAAUUACCACCCAUUUUUCUUCCGAACUAGACCAUGUGAAUUGUUGCUACAGCCAGAAAACCUUGUCUGCAAACCUUACUGGAGGCCAAGGAAUCUCAACGUUACCCAGCAGGGUUUUAACAUGCAAGUGUCCUUCGAUCAUGCACCUCACAACUUUGGGUUUAGAUACUACUUUCUUCACUAUAAACUUAAGCAUGAAGGGCCAUUUAAGCAAAAGACCUGCAAACAGGAGCAAAACACAGAUACUACAAGUUGUAUUCUUCAGAAUGUAUCUCCAGGGGAUUAUAUUAUUGAG